GAUUUAUUUGACCUACGUGAGCUUAUUUAAAGCUAUAGAACCCCUUUUAAAGCUAUAGAACCCCUUCGGAAAUGAUUCAACCUUAUGCGACGUGAAUGAAAGAGUGCCGUUGAUUUUGCUGGGCAUUUCAUCUGAUGGCCGUGCUUUGUUAAACACAACGAACAGUGUGAUGAAGAUGUAAAAGAAUCAUUCUCUCUUUUCAACAUUGUCAUUAUUCCCACAGAAGAAUUUGUUCUGCAUUACCUGCCAUUGGCUGCACUGUUUACGGAGUAUUUAUUUGUUUAUUUAUUAAAACGACGAUAGUAUGAGAUUGGCUCUACAAUAAUAAAAAAUGCCCUUGAGGCUGGCCGAAUGACGAUGAGCAGUAACCACAAGCAAGUUGAGGUUUCGUUUGAAGAUUCAAAUCCGCAGAAAUGGCGUCUUCCGCUCAAGGAAGAUAGUUUUCGCAGCUUCAUGGAGAAGGAAAAAAACAACGCAACCGCGCAGAAGGUUUUUGCCCGGGGUUCGCUUUUCAGCCCUUUUUUGUUUGGGAAAUUCUUCGACCCUUCUGAUGCUUUCCCACUGUGGGAGUUCGAGGCUGAUGUUCUGUUGGCAACACUUCGCUCUUCAAAUCAUCACUGCAACGUUGAUUGGCUCCAAUCCGAUGCCGAUCUUACACUAAAAGCUGAACUACCAGGAGUGGGGAACAGUGGCGUUCAGAUCUGUAUUGAAAACAGAAAAGUGUUGGAAAUCAGGGGAGUGUGGAGAGAGCAGCAAAGAGAAGGUGGAGGGAGCGACUGGAAAAGCAGCAGCCAUUGGUGGGAACAUGGAUUCGUACGGAGGAUUGAACUCCCUGAAAAUGCAGAUUGGAGGAAAAUGGAGGCUAACAUGAAUAACGACCCUAUGUUUUUACAGAUACGAAUUCCAAAGGCCGCUGCUCCGAACUCUUAAAUGUCUCCAGCAUGCAACAAUGCAGCAAAAGACUCCGAAAAUGCUUUAUGAUUCCAGAUAAAGGAUUACUAUCACAGAAGUAUGUAUAUAUUCCUGUUUGGCAACCCCAUCGCAACCACAACUUAACGGUUUGAUUAUAAAUAAAAUAAUGUAAUCAAUACUAGCUACUUACUUUAAUUCCCUAACAAUCAAUUAUAGUAACUCUUAUGUUUUCAAUCAAGAGAACAAAAACUUCUAUCCAUGUUGACAACACAAAAGGAAGCAUUAACUGCUCCCCACCCCUGCCCUCUGUCUUGCAUAUAAGUUCUGCUGGUUUGUUUUCAAGUCUAGUGUAAAGUGUAUUUGUCAGUAAUGGUAUGAUGAGACCUUUUAAAGCUCCAAACGCGAAGAUGAAAACUGAAAUAUAAACUGAAAUACAUUUGAUGCUGAAAAUUCACCAUGAGCGAUCGUAGAACGCCAGAACGGUCCAGACAAAUUGGAGACGAGCCAUAUGGAACGUUGAAUGGCCAAUUGCAAUUGGAUUGUUGGGGCUCUAGGAUCCAGACCAGGUGAAUCUGUAUCAUCCAAUUGUUGAUGUAUAGGACAUAGGUGGCAUUGCAGAUGGAUGACUUGUAUCAUGUAAAAACCAAAAGGGUGGAAAUAUGGACUUUUUGAGAGAUGCUUCACAGUUCAUACUUGGAAAGAGAAAUGGAAACAGGCUAUAUGAUUGAUGCAGAUGGUCUGUUCUUGAGUUGUAAGUCGCCGAGCCUGUUUUGCUGUGAUAGAGUAGGGACUCGAUCACAUACGAUUGAUCGAUGUAAGAGUAAAAAUGUCAAGAGCAGAAGCUCGAGUCCGAUUGGAACCCCUCUCCAAGUGAUCGGGCGUGCUAUAUUUAUGAUUUAAUGUUGCAAAAUACCUUAGCACAUGUCAUUAUGUCAAUACUUUCAACUAAAGGCAGUGACGUCAAAACUAUGAUCAUCUCUCAUUCUCUCUCGCUUGUUCUAUGUUUAAAAUUAUAUCUAAAUAGAAGUUAUGAUCC